AAUGUCCAAUAACAAAUCGCGUGGGAGCCGCGAAAUCAGAAGCUAAAUAUUAUUUUUAACGGCGAUUAAUAAUAACAAAUCAUCAUAACAAUUGAGCCAAGAAUGAUAGGAGAAACAAUGAGACGGAUGUGACGAAUCGGUGAGUCUAAAUCGCCACGUCGUCGACUUUUUCCGUCGAAUUUGGGCGGCGGGAUUUAAUUUGGUCGACUGUGACGACAAUGAAGAAUGGUAGGCCGGCCUUGAAGGUAGGUUGUCGUAGUGCGUUUGAGAGAGUAAGGAUGUGGCAGCCGUGGCUUCAAUCAGUUGUUCUCUGCAAGAUACCUCUAGGAGAGAGGUGUGUGUGUGCGUAUGUGUGGGCAGAAUGGAAUUACCCGUCCGCCAAUUUAGAGAAGAAAACCCGGUUGAGAUGAGAAACGAGAAAAGGCCGAGUGUGAAUGAAGAACCACGACCGCGCGGUGAGUGGUCUCUUCAGUUAAUCAGGCGGUCACUUACUGAGCCACGGUUGAGAGCCAACCGGUCUCUGAUGGAAUCCUAGCUAGCUUCGUCCCAAAAGGUUGCGAGGACACACACCGCUAGGCGUGGAUGAAAAGGGUGUGGAUGGGUCGUGUUAACUGGGCCGGACUGGCUCAACCCACCGCUAGAGAGGACCACGAGUCAAAAGAGAAUCAGAGCCUCUGACUGUAUUAACAGAAUUGUGACCCCCUUUGAUCUCCAAUCACAUAGGACACACGUGCCGCUGUUUGUCACUUUCCAACUCGAAGCUGCACAGGGCGUGGCCGGGCUCCAGAGAUCUCGAUGGAGAAACGCUGG